UCCGACAUCCUGCCUGUCCCUGCCCCGGUCUCUUCCUCCUCCUCCUCCUCCUGGUCAGCCCCCACAGCCCUCCCCCAGCCCGGGCCUGGGUGCAAAGCAGGCGGGAGGCUGACGCGGGGGCCGGCCCGGGUGGGCGGUUUUCCCAGAGCGAGGAGCGGGGCCGGGCUGGCGCCGGUUCCCUCAGAUAAGGACUCUCACCGGCCAGCUGACCGCCCGGCCCAAGCUAUGGGGUCCUCGCAGGAGCGGCUACCCCGGCCCCUGGACGGCACCCCAUCCAAACGGCGGGGCUCAGCCCGGGGGGAGGCUUCGGGGGCCAGGGGUAGGGCCGGACCGGGUGGCCCGGGUGGCCGCUCGCAGCCCGCUCCAGCCACAGACAAGAAGAAGCGUGCCCUCGGGGCGGAGCGGAGCCCGUGGGCAGAGCCCCAUGGCCACAGCUGGCGACGGAGCAGAGUCGCCCCCACCGCACCUCAUCCCGGAACCGGGAGCCUGGCCGGCAGCAAGGGUGAGCCGAGCCCCGAGAAUGCCGCCCGGGAGCGGAGCCGGGUACGGACACUGCGCCAGGCUUUCCUGACGCUGCAAGCGACCCUGCCCACGGUGCCACCCGACACCAAGCUCUCCAAGCUGGAUAUCCUGGUCCUGGCCACCAGUUACAUCGCCCACCUUACCCACGCCUUGCACCGAGGGCCGGCCGACCUGGCCGGGCCUCCGCUCCGGCGGGGACCCCGAUACCUGCAUCCCAUGAAGAAGUGGCCGAUGCGUUCUCGUCUCUACGGUGGAGUCCCGGGGACCCUCGGUCUUGACCUUCCAGGGGUCACCGCUUCUGGGCCGAGGCGGUGGGGCCCAGGGGACGGCCUCCAAGUCUGUGGGGAGUCGAUGGAAGUUGUUCCUCCUAGAACCAUCUCGCCAGCGCUUAGUUGCAAAUGACCGCAGUUGGAUCCCAGAGACGAUCCCUACCCUCUUCCCCUCUGCUGGUCUCCCCCGCCCCAAGUGGGACUCCAAACUCCCCGGCCCACCUCGCAAUACGUCCCCAGCAGUGUGAGCCCGCAGGCCCAGCUGUUUGAGAGGCAGUGAACCUGCAGGCGAUGGCGGGCCGCCCCCGCGGCGGAGCUACCCCCGUUUUCUUGGGCCGGGACAAGUCCGGUCCCAUUACCUAGAUUGGGACCGUGUGAAACCUCCACCCUGCCCGCUGACCUUCUAUAAUUCCUGAAUCCACCACAUGGGGUGAAUCCAUGAAUCCAUGGGUGUGAAGAGCCCCAUGGUAGCUCUGGGGAAUUAAGAAUAAUAGGGGAGGGGAAGGCUGCGUGUGUGCGCUCACUGGUAUGUGCCUGCGUGCGUGCACACAUGAAUCUGCGAUACGAGGCCAGAGGUUCUUCAGGCAGCCACUGGGACCUCCGAGGACGGUCAAGACAGAGCAGAAUCCAGAUCCUGGGGAUGCAGGGGAACUUUGGGAUGGCGGUUUGGGGCUUAGAACGAGAACACUCAUCCCCAAACAGUGUGGCGAGCGUGGGCCAAAGACAAGGGACGGUUCAGAGAGGAAGAGGUUAAGGGGCCCGGAGGGCCGAAGCUGAGGAAGAGCUGGAAACUAAGGGUUGGGAAUGCGGGUUGGGCUCUUGUGAGGGGAAGAGGGAACGGGUCACAGGUCUAGCUGUGCUUGGGAGGUGGAGGAGGUACUGAGAUGUGGCUGGGAGCCAUGGGAAGGAGUCUUUGGCCAAGGCUGGACUCAUAAAUCCGCCUGGGCCCCGCCAGCUGCCUUGGAGCUGUGGGGAGCUUGGACGGAACUACCGCUAAGGCAGCUGGGUCGGGGGACGGGGAAGAAUCCAGGUGUGAGAGCAGAAUGUUCCUCACGCUCGAGACCAUUAAAGUCCAAGUCUAAUUUU